AGGCCGCCGCGGCGUUCGGGGCGCCGCCGCAUUGGCCGCUGCGGUGCGGGAGGCGCGGUCGGCGCAGCCUCCGGGCUGCGGGCACAGACUGGAGCGUCCCGCGGCGCUCGCUCUGCCCUAGGUCGGCUCGCCCAUGGCCCUGGCUCUGUGGCCCUGGCGCCCAGGCCCGCACGCAGUCUCCAUCGCCCGCCUCUGGUUGUCCAGUCCGCCAGCCGCGCGCGAUGCUGAACGGUACGGGCCUGGACCAGUCGUUUAAGAUGUCGUUGCCGCGGAGGGCAAGGAUCGGCGCGUCCGUGGGACCCAUUCGUUCUUCUGCGGGCUACAAGAAGGCAGAGGAUGAGAUGUCCCGGGCCACGUCUGUUGGAGACCAGCUAGAGGCACCGGCCCGCAUAAUUUAUCUCAACCAAUCUCAUCUCAACAAAUUCUGCAACAAUCAGAUAAGUACGGCCAAGUACAGCGUGUUGACGUUUCUACCUCGAUUCUUGUAUGAGCAGAUUAGGAGAGCUGCUAAUGCCUUCUUCCUCUUCAUUGCCUUAUUACAGCAAAUUCCAGACGUAUCGCCGACCGGACGAUACACCACCCUGGUGCCACUGAUCAUCAUUUUAACAAUUGCAGGCAUCAAAGAGAUUGUAGAAGACUUUAAACGACAUAAGGCAGACAGUGCAGUUAACAAGAAGAAAACAAUAGUGUUAAGAAAUGGUAUGUGGCAUACCAUUGUGUGGAAAGAGGUGGCAGUGGGAGACAUCGUGAAGGUCCUCAAUGGGCAAUAUCUUCCAGCAGACAUGGUCCUGUUCUCCUCCAGUGAGCCUCAGGGGAUGUGCUAUGUUGAAACUGCUAACCUGGAUGGAGAGACGAACCUUAAAAUACGACAGGGCCUGAGCCACACGGCCGACAUGCAGACCAGGGAGGUGCUGAUGAAGCUGACGGGAAGGAUAGAAUGUGAAGGGCCCAAUCGCCACCUCUACGACUUCACUGGCAACUUGCACUUGGAUGGGAAGAGCUCUGUUGCCCUCGGGCCAGAUCAGAUCUUACUAAGAGGCACCCAGCUCAGGAACACUCAGUGGGUCUUUGGUGUUGUGGUAUAUACCGGCCAUGAUAGCAAGCUCAUGCAGAAUUCAACAAAAGCUCCUCUCAAGAGGUCGAACGUCGAGAAGGUAACCAACGUGCAGAUCUUGGUGCUGUUUGGCAUCCUCCUGGUCAUGGCCCUGGUGAGCUCGGUGGGGGCCCUGUUCUGGAAUGGGUCCCAUGGUGGAAAGAGCUGGUACAUCAAGAAGAUGGACACGAGCUCAGAUAAUUUUGGAUACAACUUGCUGACAUUUAUCAUCCUGUACAACAAUCUGAUUCCCAUCAGCCUGCUGGUGACGCUGGAGGUUGUGAAGUACACGCAAGCUCUCUUCAUAAACUGGGACACAGAUAUGUAUUAUAUUGAAAACGACACUCCUGCUAUGGCCAGGACAUCGAACCUUAAUGAAGAGCUUGGGCAGGUCAAAUACCUGUUUUCCGACAAGACUGGAACGCUAACGUGCAAUAUCAUGAACUUCAAGAAGUGUAGCAUUGCCGGCGUGACCUAUGGCCACUUUCCAGAACUAGCCAGAGAGCCGUCCUCAGAUGACUUCUGCCGGAUGGGUCCAUGCCCCAGUGACUCAUGCGACUUUAAUGAUCCCAGGCUGUUAAAGAACAUCGAGGACCAACAUCCCACAGCCCCUUGUAUCCAAGAGUUCCUUACCCUGCUGGCCGUCUGCCACACCGUAGUCCCUGAGAAGGAUGGGGAUGAAAUCAUCUACCAGGCUUCCUCCCCAGAUGAAGCUGCUUUGGUCAAAGGAGCUAAGAAGCUUGGCUUCGUGUUUACAGGCAGGACGCCUUACUCCGUCAUCAUCGAAGCGAUGGGGCAAGAACAGACGUUUGGAAUCCUCAAUGUUCUGGAAUUUUCUAGUGACAGGAAAAGGAUGUCUGUCAUUGUUCGAACUCCAUCGGGACAACUUCGACUCUACUGCAAGGGAGCUGAUAAUGUAAUCUUUGAAAGACUUUCAAAAGACUCAAAGUACAUGGAGGAGACAUUGUGCCAUCUGGAAUAUUUUGCCACAGAAGGCCUGCGGACUCUGUGUGUGGCCUACGCGGAUCUUUCUGAGAAUGAGUAUGAGGAGUGGCUGAAAGUCUAUCAAGAGGCCAGCAUCAUACUGAAGGACAGAGCGCAGAGGCUAGAAGAGUGUUAUGAGAUCAUCGAGAAGAAUUUACUGUUACUUGGAGCCACAGCCAUCGAAGACCGUCUUCAAGCCGGGGUUCCCGAAACCAUAGCUACUCUGUUGAAGGCAGAAAUUAAAAUAUGGGUCUUAACAGGAGACAAGCAAGAAACUGCAAUCAAUAUCGGGUAUUCCUGUCGGCUGGUGUCACAGAACAUGGCCCUUAUCCUAUUGAAGGAGGACUCUUUAGACGCAACAAGGGCUGCCAUCACUCAGCACUGCACGGACCUGGGAGAGUUGCUGGGCAAGGAGAAUGAUGUAGCCCUCAUCAUCGACGGCCACACCCUGAAGUACGCCCUUUCCUUUGAAGUCCGCAGAAGUUUCCUGGACCUGGCGCUCUCGUGCAAGGCGGUCAUCUGCUGCAGAGUGUCCCCUCUGCAGAAGUCUGAGAUUGUGGAUGUUGUGAAGAAGCGGGUGAAAGCCAUCACCCUGGCCAUCGGGGACGGUGCCAAUGACGUGGGAAUGAUCCAGACAGCCCACGUAGGGGUCGGGAUCAGCGGGAACGAGGGCAUGCAGGCCACCAACAACUCAGAUUACGCCAUUGCACAGUUUUCCUACCUGGAGAAGCUGCUUUUAGUUCAUGGAGCCUGGAGCUACAACCGGGUGACCAAGUGCAUCCUCUACUGCUUCUACAAGAAUGUGGUCCUCUACAUCAUCGAGCUUUGGUUCGCCUUUGUUAAUGGAUUUUCUGGGCAGAUCUUAUUUGAGCGCUGGUGCAUCGGCUUGUACAAUGUGAUCUUCACCGCGUUGCCGCCCUUCACUCUGGGAAUCUUUGAGAGGUCUUGUACUCAGGAGAGCAUGCUGAGGUUUCCACAGCUCUACAAAAUCACCCAGAACGCAGAAGGCUUCAACACUAAGGUUUUCUGGGGUCACUGCAUCAAUGCCUUGGUCCACUCCCUCAUCCUCUUCUGGCUUCCCAUGAAAGUACUGGAGCACGAUACUCCACUGGCCAGCGGUCACGCCACAGACUAUUUGUUUGUUGGAAACAUUGUUUACACAUACGUUGUGGUUACAGUUUGCCUGAAAGCUGGUUUGGAGACAACAGCUUGGACUAAAUUCAGUCACCUGGCCGUGUGGGGAAGCAUGCUGAUCUGGCUGGUGUUUUUUGGUGUCUACUCAACCAUCUGGCCGACCAUCCCCAUCGCUCCUGACAUGAAAGGGCAGGCGACCAUGGUCCUGAGCUCUGCAUCCUUCUGGUUGGGAUUGUUCCUGGUUCCAACUGCGUGUCUGAUUGAAGAUGUGGUGUGGCGAGCGGCCAAGCACACCUGCAAAAAGACGCUGCUGGAGGAGGUGCAGGAGCUGGAGACCAAGUCCCGAGUCAUGGGGAAAGCAAUGUUGCGAGACAGCAACGGAAAGAGGAUGAACGAGCGUGACCGUCUGAUCAAGCGACUUAGCAGGAAGACACCCCCGACCCUCUUCCGAGCAGGCUCCAUCCAGCAGUGUGUCACCCACGGGUAUGCCUUUUCCCAAGAAGAGCAUGGAGCUGUCACGCAGGAGGAAAUAGUCCGUGCUUAUGACACCACCAAAACGAAGUCGAGGAAGAAAUGAGGCGACUUUCCCGGAUGGCUCAGGGGAAAGGGCGAGCAGUGUUAACACGGCUUUGUCAGAGAGACUGGCGCCCACAGCCCAACACCAGAAGACACAUUUCUGUGGCCUUAACCGACCAGUUUGGUAGCAGCUGUCUUGUCCCCUUGCAGUCCCAGGGUGUAGGCAUCAGGGAAGCUCUACUCCCAGCUUGUCUGCCGUGCUUGGCCCAACUUCUGUUGACGGUGUUAUGAAGCAUUCAGCUGGGCUCUCUGAGGUGUGAAAUUAAAAACUACGUUUCACCAAUGCUCAAACAUCAACGCUAGUGGUUCUGGGAGAAAGGAAGGGGGCAUUAUGUUACUAGAGACCAGUCCUGUGUAAUUGGAACAGGGUACCCUUACUUCCUGUUCGGUGCAUGUCCAGAUCACACAAGCCUCGCUUUCUGCAGACUGCUCACUCACUUGGAUUCCUGUUUUCUUUGCGUGAAGUCGGCAUAAACUUCUUGAUUGCACCGAAAUCAGAAAACCUUACGGUUGAAGGACAAUCCUGAGAACAUUUCUUUGGCUCUUUUGGCCCCAGCCCCAGCCUCAGCCAGGCAACCAGCCAGAAUUCCAUGCCUUCUGCGCCGAUUUUAGGUGCAGGCCUUUGGUCUUGCCAUGGCCGCCCUGUGCUCUUGUCCGCAGAUCUGCACAGCUGGCCCCUGGGUGUGGUGCCCCGCAGCUGGCAGCCACCCAUCCAGGUCCCCUGGUGUCUUUAUUCCUCUCUCCGUGCUGAAGUGGACAUCAGAAUCUUCUUACCUAGCCUCACCUGCCCUGCCCCGCCCAGCCCCGCCCCACCCCGCCCCGCCCCUCCCCACUGCUGCCCUUGAGCUCUGGGACUGAAGAGAAGUGGCUGAACCACACCUGGCCUAACACUUAAUUGUCUUUUUUGAGGGGAUCCCAUGGGAAGGGGAGCAGGCCCUGCAUAUCACUUCUGAGCUAGGCCUCUGGCAGCCUCUCAGAAUCGAUACCUGCCUCUAGAUGCUCAAAGCCCAUUUUAGGCUUUCCGCCUCUGUGCACUGAAGGGACAAAACUGGCACUCUGAAAUUCUAGAAUCUGGGUGAGCUUAGGGUGGGGGGUAAGCACAGGGCACCCCAUCUGAGAUCUCGCUGGAAGGUGACCAAGGACACCUGACUCAGGAGGCAGACACAAAGCCCGUUUUCACCGUAUCACAGUGAAAGUUCUCAAGUCCUACUUUUGAUGGACAGUUGUAAUGAUCAGCCCAUGUACGCUGUGGCAGAAACCAGACCUUGUCCUGUAGACAUUUUGUCUGGUUGAUUUUCUUAAGACGAGUCUUACACUGUAUGCCCACCUAGCAUUGAAUGCACUUUGUAGUCCAGGCUAGCCUCAGACUCUCAGCAACCCUCAGCCUCCUGCAUAUUGGGGUUAUAGGUGUGAGUUACCACGCUCGGCACCAUACACAUCUAAGGAAAACAAUUCCAAACAUUGUCAAGAUCAUAACUUUUAAAAAUAGUCACAUGGUCUCCUUUCUGUAUCUGGCAAGUUUUAGGCCCAAGGGCCUCUUUCUGGACAGUGACUUGGUCUCUCAAACAAAGAAGGGAAGUGCCUGUUCCAGGCUUGGGCCACUGCAGGCCCCCACUCUGAACUGGAACAGAACCUGGAUGCUCCAAGCCUGCAUGCGAGAACUGGGGGCUCUCAGAAAAUGCGGGCCGGCCUCAGCAUGCUUUCUUCCCUUUAUUUUGGCUGCCGAACCGGAGUUUUUGGAUGGCUUAAAGUAAAUACUCCUGGGCACUUGUUACCGGGUGAACUGGUACCAUACCACCAGGGAUGUAUGCUAGCUUAGAAAAUAAGGCAGUAUUGGGGGGAUGGCUGAGCAGUCCAAGGUGCUGCGUUCAGAAAGAAGAGAUGCUACACUUUGCUUUACUUAACGUUUUACUUUUGGAACAUCAGAGAUGAAUGGGCACCAAAAAACAAGCAAACAAACAAAAAACUUGGUUAUGAUUUGAGUAAGAAAACUGAUUCUCACUUAGGGCGUGGCCAGGAUGCUGAGAUGGCUUGAAGGGAGGCAGAGUGGUACAAUUAACAAGAAUCUUGCAAAUGACCUCUCUUUGCUCCCUGAGGCAAGAAAAAAAUAUAGCAUGCCCAGCAAGCUGGAAUCCCAACAGACUGUACCAUGUGGGAAAAACAGCAGGAAGUGUGCCUCAGAUUAGGGGGGCCAGCCAUGGUGUACAUUUUACCCAGAGGGGUGGGGGCAGAACUGUGGGGAGCAAAGGAAAACCAACCGGAUGUGCCCGAGGCUCUUUGCAAGUUUUUUCCUCUCUUUCUUUCGUCUGUUCUUUCUCUUUCUUUCAACUUUAAAGACUAGAUUUAUUUGAAGGAAAAAAAAAAAACACAACAAACCCUCAACCCUAAGGAUGGGAUUUUACAUCUCAAGACAUCCCCCAAGUAAUGUCUACAGAUUACAAAUAAUUUUCAUAGGAGAUAUUUUUGCACAAAUUUUGGUGUAUUCAGGAACGUGUAAGUUGACCCCUGACUUUAUUUUAACAGAGGAGCAACGCAGGAGAGUGGGGCAUGGCGGCUUCCUUUCAGAUGCCUCUGUCCGGAAGGGAAAUAGACAUGAAGAGGGCUAGUUACCUCUCCAUUGUCCACAACUGAUGGGUUUUUACCCAUUCAGCUGUGGGUACCUCUCUAAAAGCCUGCUUCCUAGCUAUGGCCAAUCAAGCCCUCUGGAUAAGUUCUUGCCAUGCCUACUGAUGCAGCCCACUAAACCAACGCUCCUGCUCAGCAAGCCCAGGGCUUACACGUUAAGACCAAAGUCUCAUUUGUCUGCAGGGGCCCUGACUUACUGCAACAGGAAAACCUGCCGUCUUUGGAGCUGACCGCUACAAAGGUGCACAGCAAUGCGGAUAGGUCAAGCCACUGUGUUGCAAGAGAAGCCUUAUUCAGUAGUUCUUUGCAUUAUCCUUUAUUCUUUUUUAUUUAUUUUUUAUUGAUCUCUACAUUUUUCUUUGUUCCUCUCCCUGUCUCUCCCCUCCCCUUCAACCCUCUCCCAAGGUCCCCACGCUCACAAUUAUCCUUAGCUUCUUGAGGGAAGCUAACCCUCUCGAGCAGAAAACCUCACAACAUAGGUCACCUUAUAAACCCAAGCACUAGCAUGGGCACCCAUGAAAGAAACUUACAGAAACCUCAAACCACCCCAGUCAAGGCUGAAGGGCUCCAACUCCAUCCUCCGCGUUUAUACACCCCUAGUCACCACGCAUGUCCAUCAAUCGGAGUACUCUGACCUCCAAGGGUAGAGAAGUGAAGCUCCAGGAACAGGCAGACUAGGGGCAGGGUGGGAGCAGGAGUCAAAGACAUCACAGAGCUGGUUCACUUGAGAGAAACAGUGAAUGCCUCAGACCACAGCUUCUGUGACACCAGGCCUGUAACAGGCCUGUGAGACCAGGUGUGUGAUUUACAGAGACCGCUUUGGGGAGGCUGACACUGUCAUUAGGAACAUGAGGUGACCAGAGGGAUAAGGUUUUUAAAGAAUGUGGACAUAUUUGAAAGUUUAGACAGGGCAGUGUUUAGAAGGGGUGAAACAGGAUGUGCAAGACUAGUUUGAUUUGCCCUUGAAUGCUCUAGGGCAGAGAGACUAGGAGAAAGCACAGGAUGUGGAGGUGUGGUUUCCUCUCUCAAUUCUGUCUUCACCAUUCACGGAGGGAGAAGCAUUCUUGCUUGCAGAACUGAAUUUGGAGGCUGGAUUCUCCUCAAAUAUCUUUUGCUUGGGCAGAUCCAGAGUCUUGAGUCUUUUUGCCAACUUUCCUCUCCAACUCAUUCCUGUGGUCCUUGUUUUCUCCAUCUCUAGGGCCACAACUGGAGUUCCCACUUUGGCCUUUGGGACCUCACCCCAUCUACUUUGCUUUCUUCUUUCCUUGCUGGUCCUUCCUCAGAGGGCUGAGCCAGAGCUACUUUCUCUCUGUCGCUGUGUCUGAGCUCUGUGUUGAGCAUCGCUUUCCCCCGCGCAUUCUCCUUUGGUAGAGGGGCUGGCAUUACCUUUAGAGGCCAACCAAUUUAGGAGGUUUAGAGACUGGAAAAUGGCAGUCUUCUCUAUCGAAUGGCUUAUUUUCGAGAGCCUCUUCUUUGUGUAUUUCUACCAGAUGUAACUGCGGCCCCAGUCUGCCAUGACUCGCUUCCUGUCCUCAACUGUUCUCUUUCUUGAGCUUCUUCAUUUGGCCCACCAGUGUGUGUCUCCUGGGGUUGGCCAUCUAGUUUUGGUUCGUCCAGCUGAUGUUGCAAUGCCUUCUGUUCCUUCCGUAGCCCCGCCCCCUUCUACUUUUCUUCUCUAGCAGCUGUGACAACAGGCUUUGCCCUUUCAAAGAUAGAAGCUGCUCAACUCUACUGGGAGGUACUAGCAAAGGAAGCAUCUUCCUUGGGAAUAUUCCAAGGCUUUAGAUUCAGUCUGGGGUUGGGGGGUGGGGUUCUGCCAUCAUGCCUAUAAUCAUCGGGAGAGUAAUCAUCUGUGGAGCUCUAUGACCAAUCGUCCCAUCUGUCAUACCUGUCAUAGCAGUCCCCACCUUCUCUGUAGUCAGCAACCCUUCAGUACCCACUACCAAAUUCUCUUCUCCCACUGCCUAUCCUGCAGUCAUAGCCUUGGUCAUCAUAGUGAUCCUGGCUUCCAGAGCAAUAUCCACAUUUCAGCAUGGGCCAUCCUGAAACCUGUCUGAAACCCAUCCUGAUUCCGCUCUGAAUCGUACCGAUCUCAACACUUGUCUCCCAAGUUAUCGUCGCCUCUUCUAAAUGGGUACUCCUCAAAGCCAUCUGCAGCAGGAUGCGUCCUCUAGUCUGUGUUUUGUUAGAUACCUAAAUUUCUGUCUUGACCCAAAGAACGAUCAUCCCUGUCUUUGUCCAGGGCUUGAUCAGCAACUCAUUUGAGUUUUCCCCUGUUACCUAGAGACACAGAGCACUGAGCAGAUCGCCCAGGUUCUCACACUCGGCAUAGCCCAACCUGUUCAACCUGUCUGGAUGGCUGGGUUCAUGUGACGAGUGUACCACACUGAUAUUUCAUCCUCUAAAGAACUCCGUAUGGAAUCUUCUGUAACAUUACAGGGCAGGUUCCCUAGGAAAACAGUGCAGGGUGGCAAGUUGGGAAGACAGCUCUGGUGGGUGUUUGGUUUCUGAGCAGCCUGCGGAGCAGUGGAGUGGAUGGAAUGGUUGGUUGGAGGUGCCCUGUAUGCGCCAUCAUUGGUACCAUGCGCGUCCUUGACUCCUCUCCGGAUCACCUGUUACAUCAGCCCAGCUGGUGGUUUGGAGACAUAGCUGCCUCCGCCAGCCAUCCUCAGCCAGAAAGUCUGUUAGAAAGAUGGGCCUCCCCUUCCGAAUUUUCUGUUUUGCUGAGGCUGCCAUGUUGGGGGCUGGAGUGGGUGGGGAAGAGAGGAGUCAAAAUUCAUUUUCAUUUGGGAACUAAACCCAUUUGGAAAGAUGGAAUUAAAAUUCAGCUUUUUGUCAGAUACUUAGCCCUCUCUUGAGCUUGAAGGCUUUUAAACCAGAUUAGUGAAUGAAAGUCUUUGUUUGGGUCCUUUGUUUGUUUGUUUUCUUGUCUUUUGACUUUAUGCUAUGUUGUGUAUUUUUCUGGAGCGCAUUUUCUUCCUUUGAGAAGCAGACUAAACAUUCUCUGCACUAAACUGUCUCUGCAGUAAUAAGGUAUACAGGCAGGAGAAAGCAUUUCUGGGAGGGAUUGUUUUCUAUUUUUUUUUUUCUGUCCUGAUUAAGCUUUCUCCUAGCCGAAUGACUAAAUUGGGUUUCUAGGCAAAGCAGCUGUCAUGGUGUGUGAUGUAUACUAUUUUUGCAGGGCCCACUGGGGAGCCGGGUCAUUUGGGCUAUCUUUAAACUGAGGUCAGAAUGUCUCAUACACAACCCCUCCCUGGGGAACAGAGUGGACUGGACUAAGUUAUGCACACUGGCUGUCAGCUCAGUGGAGAUGUCAUGUGGCCCAUGACACUCCUGUCACAUAGCUGGGGCUCUUGAGCUGACAGGUCACAUUUGGUCAGCACUUCCGGAACUGCCCCGGGUUUGUGCUAAGAUGGGGCUGGGGCUGGGGCCGCUCACAGAGGUUCUUAUGUAUGGCUCGAUCCUGUACUUGAAACUGUAAACAGUGCAGCCACUGUCCCUUGGCUUAGUUCUGGGUUCUGCUGCUCUCUUCACAGCCGCAGGGAUGAUUGCCGGGAGGACAGCCCACGCUAUAAUUGGAGGCAAUACCCUGCUCAAGUCUAUGGGGCAGCCUGGCAACACCGCCUAGCUGGUCAGGGUCUGCUGUGUGCUACUCCAGGAAGCAGAACUGAUGUAUCUGCUCUGUCUUGGUGCAGAAUCUCCCAGAUUUCUGGGUCAGUGUUACUUUCCCCAACUCCCCACAUUCGUGCAAACACAAAGACAAAGGCGUGAGAGCGAGGUAUAAACUGCUCUCGCGAAAAGUGACGCUGCAUCUUCAACAUUCAGAGAGAAAUGUACCAGCCGGUGAUCCUGGGCUCCGGCAGAGCCCAGCUGGGCAUUUGCUUUUUUUUGCCAAGCCUUCAAGUAUGCCCAGCGAAAAUCAAUGGUGGCUAAUCAAGAAGCAGUGAGUGAUUUGGUUGUUGUUUUGAGAUAAAUUCUUAGGUCGUCCAGGCUGGCUUUGAACUCACUAUGCAGCUGAAGCUGCCCUUGAACAUCUGACCAUUUUGCCUCCUUUGUGUUUUAUGGAAUGCUUGUGUGGCUGUGCCGGGAAUGGAACGCAGGACCUUGUGAAGGCUGGUGUUUGCUGCUGAGCCACGUAUGUUCCCAAUCGGUGAAUGUUUUUGUUUGUUUUUGUUUUUUAAGCGAAACUAGGUAAUGAGAGUCUGAAAAUGUAAAAGGAUAUGUAGGCUUUCAGGUCAUUAUUUUUAAAAUAAAGAAAGCUAUCCUGUAUAAUCUCUCAUUUGUUAUCAUAAUGAGCCUUUCUUUUGAAUCAUGAGGACCCUUUCCCGUCAGCUCAUUCUGUCUGUGUGUAUGCCUGAAGGCCAGAAGAGGGCACCAGAUCUCAUUACAGAUGGUUGUGAGCCACCAUGUGAUUGCUGGGAAUUGAACUCAGGACCUUUGGUAAAGCAGGCAAUACUCUUAACCGCUGAGCCAUCUCUCCAGCCCCCGUCAGCUCUUCUUGUCCUGGGAUUUUGUCUUGAGCCGCAGUCCAGUGUCUGCGGCCCUGCUGGCAGAGGAGGUGCCUUUGUCUGGAACGCGAGAAAGGGGUUGCACAGCACAGCCACGGUGUGACCCUGCCCAGGGUCAUUGUCCCCAAGUCACUCAAGGGGUGCUUUAGCUUCAGCGUUUGGAAUGCAGCCUUCACCUUCUGGGCUCUUUAAAAACUCAACAGGGAAACUGGCCCGACAGAUCUGAAGCGAGAACUCAGUAAAGAAAUUGGUUUAUCAGGUCAAAUCAAGAGACUGGCGUGCCUUCUGGUGUGACAGCUCACACCUGUGGUUCCAGCCCUCAGGAGGCUGAGGAACAAGAAUUGGAGAUCUACCUGGGCUACAUGGUGAGUUCUAGGCCAGCCUGGGCUACACAGGAAAAAAAAAACUAAACAGAACAGAUGUCAUAUUCUCUGCAUGAACAUGCUAGAAUUAUCAAAUGUACCAAUAAGAAAGUUAAAAUAAAGGCCCUGCAAAAUAAGA